UUCUCCCUCUACCUCCCUUUCCAGGAGCAACCAUGGCCCUAAGUGAUGGCGACGUACAGAAGCAGAUUAAGCACAUGAUGGCUUUCAUUGAACAGGAAGCCAAUGAAAAGGCAGAAGAAAUAGAUGCCAGGUCUGAGGAAGAGUUCAAUAUUGAGAAAGGACGCCUUGUGCAAACCCAACGACUAAAGAUUAUGGAGUAUUAUGAGAAGAAGGAGAAGCAAAUAGAGCAGCAGAAGAAAAUCCAGAUGUCCACCAUGAGGAAUCAGGCAAGGCUGACAGUCCUAAGAGCCCGAGAUGACCUCAUCUCAGAGUUGCUGAAUGAUGCAAAGCUGAGACUCAGCAGGAUUGUGGCCGACCCAGAAGUCUACCAGGGGCUCCUGGAUAAAUUAGUGCUCCAGGGUCUGCUCCGGCUCCUGGAGCCCGUGGUAAUUAUACGCUGCAGGCCACAGGACCUCCUCCUGGUGGAGGCUGCAGUGCUAAAAGCCAUCCCUGAGUACAUGGCAGUCUCCCAAAAAUGUGUGGAAGUCCAAGUUGAUCAAGAGGUGCACCUGUCUAUGAAUGCAGCUGGAGGUGUGGAGGUCUACAGUGGCAAUCAGAGAAUAAAGGUUUCCAAUACCCUAGAAAGUCGACUGGAUCUCUUAGCCCAACAAAAGAUGCCUGAAAUACGAAAGGCAUUGUUUGGAGCCAAUGCCAACAGAAAGUUCUUUAUAUAAGCCUCUGUGAAGUGAAGCUCAUGUUGAAUUGCUAAGCCAU